AUAAUUUCCUAUCAGCCUAUUCAGACAACAUCACCAACAGCUUGGUCUGAGCGAGUGAGUGUGUGUGAGUGAGUGAGUGUGUGUGUGAGGGCAGAGCAGCGAGAGAGAGGCAGUGAGCGCGAGCGAGAGAGAGAGAGCGACACAGAGCGAGGAGAGAGGAGGGAAGGGGGAGGCUCCAUAUUCUUUCACCUACCCCCCGUCAAACCACAGGAAGGAGGGGCCAGACCCUAAGCUGCCAAUCAAAUCCGCUCGUGGCAGCCGGCAUUAUCUCAGCAACAAACUAUUGACAGAUUACAUGUCAAGGAGUUUAGUGCAUGAUUGAAGGAAGCCUUUUUUUUUUUUUUAAUCUAGUUACUUUUCCGCUUUAUUUCCCCCCUCUUUCCACCAAACCAACAUUCGAAUGACUUUCUAACAAGAGUUGAGUAAUAUUAUGAAAGUUACAUGUCUGAGAGGAUUUAACUUCGACUUCCCUGAAUAUGCUGAAAGGAGUUUAUGCACUGAAACGACCUCAGGAAAACCCAAGAUGGCCGCCAAAAGGAAAGGUGGCCUAAAACUCAACGCUAUCUGUGACAAGCUGAGCCGCCAGGUGGUGUUCGAAAGUAGCUCCCAGAAUGCCGAGGGAGACCAGAGUGUAGCGGAGAACAGCGAACGUGGCAGUUCCCACUACGAUGACAACGAGACCAACUUCCCCGAGAGCCUGAACCUCACUCAGAGCCUGGAGGAGGACCAGAAGAGACGCGAGGCCAUCGAGAAGUGGGUCAAUGGCGAGUACGGCGACGAGCCGCCGGCUCACGACGACGAGCGAGAGCACGAACUGAAAGUCAGCAAUGACGAAGACUGCCCUCCCGAGGGCGUGUACAUGGUGCAGCCCACGGGCUGCAGCGACGACGAUGACAACGUGGAGGAGGCCGAGCCCGCGGCAGACUCUCGUGAUGGCAGUUACCAUGACGACAAAGAAGCUCAAGACAGGCCUACGAAAGAGAAAGCCUACAUGCCGCCAAGCGAGGCCCAGAGUCGCCAACCACCUUUCUCCUCUACAGGAGAAGCAUCUGCCCUGCGAGACUAUGCAGCCAACACCAUGAAUGAGUUUUUGGGAAUGUUCGGUUAUGAUGACCAGCAGGUAAGGGAUGAGCUGACCAAGAAGAUCAGCUUUGAGAAGCUCAAAGCCGCUACCUCAGACCCCUCAUCCCUCAGCAGUGAGGAGGCCUCACGGCGCGCCCGCUUCUCCAAGUACGAAGAGUACAUUCGUAAGCUAAAAGCCGGCGAGACCCUACCUUGGCCCAUGCACGCUUCCCCGCCCAAACCAGACGACCUCAACCCAAAACUGGCCCAAGACAAGAGCGCUACCAUGCUCCAGACCUCUGGGUGCCUCCCAGGGGCCGAGGCACAGAUCUACCCCCCCAGCCUGGACCACAAACAGCCAGGAGGACCUCAGCUAGGCUCUUCCCAGCCACCAAAUCCCUCUCACAUCCAGAACAUGGCGUCCCGAGCCUCCAAGUAUGACUUCUUUAUUCAGAAGCUGAAGAUGGGCGAGAGUCUACAGCAGCAGAACGGUAACGCUUACAAGCGACCCUCCAAAUACGACCUGGAGAACGUCAAGUUCCUGCACCUCUUCAAGCCUGGCGAGGGCAACCCUGACAUGGGCGGCGCCAUCGCCUUUAAGACUUGCAAAGUGGGCCGCCCUUCGAAGUAUGACAUCAGAACAAUUCAGAAGCUAAUGCCAGGAAAUCCCGAGGCCUCGCUGAUGCCCAAUGUCCUCGCAACGGCACCAGGGAACCCGGGAGCUCCUGGGGUCCCCACCGUGGGCGCUGCUGGGGCCAGCAUCGCUCCAGGGCUCACAAUGGACCAGACAGGACAAAUAAGCUUCAACGCCGCCGACUACCUGAAGUCCAGCUUUUCCAAGACUGACUCCAUCACCACGGGCACUGUGUCCUCCGUUAACAGGAUUGAGCCAAAUAUUCAACUAACAAACAGAUGGAAAAAUGGUGCAGAAAUCAGAACCUUGGCAGAGUUAACACUAAGGAAUGGCCUGCCACCAGAUAAACCCGCCAGCGACGACAUCAACCUAUACCAGAAAUAUAUUGCCAGGUUCUCUGGAAGUCAACACUGUGGACACGUGCACUGUGCCUACCAGUACAGAGAGCAUUACCACUGCAUGGACCCUGAGUGUAACUACCAGGUGAGCAGGUUUACCAGUAAGCAGGAUGUAAUCAGGCACUACAACAUGCACAAGAAGAGGGACAACUCUCUGCAGCAUGGCUUCAUGCGCUUCAGCCCUCUGGACGACUGCAGCGUCUACUACCAUGGCUGCCACCUCAAUGGAAAAAGCACCCAUUACCACUGCAUGCAGGUGGGCUGCAGCAAGGUGUACACUAGCACCUCAGAUGUCAUGACCCACGAAAACUUCCAUAAAAAGAACGCCCAGCUGAUCAACGAUGGCUUCCAGAGAUUUCGUGCUACUGAGGACUGUGGCACAGUCGGGUGUCAAUUCUACGGGCAGAAGACUACACAUUUCCACUGCAGGCGCCCGGGAUGCACAUUCACCUUCAAGAACAAGUGUGACAUUGAGAAGCACAAGAGCUACCACAUCAAGGAUGAUGCCUACGCCAAAGAUGGCUUCAAGAAGUUCUACAAGUACGAGGAGUGCAAGUACGAGGGCUGCGUGUACAGCAAAGCCACCAACCACUUCCACUGCAUCCGCUCAGGCUGCGGCUUCACCUUUACCUCCACUAGCCAGAUGACCUCCCACAAGCGCAAACACGAGCGCCGGCACAUCCGCUCCUCCGGCGUCAUGGGCCUCUCUUCCGCUUACCUGGUGCCGAAGGACGAGCAAGAGGAGUCGAGCAACGAUGACCUGAUGGACUUCUCAACCAUCAGCAGCAAGAACUCCAGCCUGAGUGCCUCGCCGACGACCCAGCAGUCCACCACUGUAUCGCACCUGUUGGCCACGCCCACCACUGCUGUCUCCUCCUCCUCUACAUCGGGCCACACCCUCAAACAGACAUCCUCGCUGCCCAGCGCAGGCCAGCGCAUGUCCAACCUGCUGUCCCAGGCCCUGCCCAGCAACAUGCCGGUGGCCCUCGCUCUGUCCAACAGCGCCAUGGCCGCCUCCAACCCGUUCUUCCCCCUCAUACCCAGGCUGCCUCUCCAACCACCUCCGCCAGCCGCCAGCCUGAUAUCAGCUGUAUCCUCUGGGGCCCACUCCAUGCCCACCGACUCACUGACCCAAAGCUGCUCCACAGUGGGUGCAGACGGCGCCAUGGCCUCGACCCCAAACUCCUUCGCCACCUCCUCCAUCAUGGAGAAGAUCUCGGCAAGCAAAGGUCUGAUAUCGCCCAUGAUGGCCCGACUGGCAGCUGCUGCCCUGAAGCCCUCCAACAACUUCGACACAGGCUCGCUGCGGUUGGUUGACGGAUACAGAACGGAUAUGACGUCACGUUACUCUGACUACAUCAAUAAAAUCGGGAACGGGCAGCCGGCUUCAGCCAGCCAGUUUAAUCUGGUUCAAGUGAAGCAGGAGCCGAUGGACGUCAACUCUGGGGCCUCCCAGGACUCCACGCAGGAGCACAGCCUGGACCUGAGCAAGAAAGACCACAGUAAUGAAUCAAACGGACACCCUGUACCAGGGAAUACAUCUCUUUUAUCCUCGCUUAUGAAUAAGAUGUCGCAGGUGAACCCUGCCCUGUUCAACGCCAUGAACCUGAAGACGGAGCUGGAGGCGGGCCAGGGCGGCAACAGCUCGGAGGCAGCGCACUAUCUGAACAGGGUGCUGAAGAGGCCACUGCCGGAAAAACACACUGAGAUCUGGAGGACAUACCUCCGCAGGUUUGACACAGAUGACUUCUGCGAGGCUCAGUGCGACUUCCUCCAGAAAGUGCACUUUCACUGCGUGGUAGAGGACUGUGGUGCACUCUUCAGCACUGUGGAUGGGGCCAUAAAGCAUGCUAACUUCCACAUCCGGGCCGCCUUGAAGGUGAAGUCGGAGCCUCAGUUCGGCGAGGGCAAGGACUCCGGCGAAGGAGCGUCGCUGCAGCCGGCCGCCCCCGUCUCUAUGGCCAACAAUCCCUCCAUGGAUGUGGCACACCUCACCUCCUCCGGUGGCUACAGCUCCCCUACUCCCUCCCUGCUGGCCUGGAAGCAGCUGACCGGCAGCAUCCCUCAGAUGUCGGCCUCGAUGCCCAACCUGCCGGCCAACUCCCCUCUGGCCACCACCUCUCUGGAGAACGCUAAACCACAAGUCAAACCUGGCUUCCUGCAGUUCCAGGAAAAUGAUCCCUGCUUGGCUACCGACUGUAAGUACUCAAACAAGUUCCACUUCCACUGCUUGUUUGGGAAUUGCAAGUAUGUGUGCAAGACGUCCGGCAAGGCCGAGUCCCACUGUUUGGACCACAUCAACCCCAACAACAACCUGGUCAACGUCCGUGACCAGUUUUCCUACUACUCUCUCCAGUGUCUCUGUCCCAACCAGCACUGCGAGUUCAGAAUGAGGGGCCACUAUCACUGUCUGCGGCCUAGCUGCUACUUCGUCACCAACAUCACCACCAAGCUGCCGUGGCACGUCAAGAAGCACGAGAAGGCAGAGCGCCGCGCCGCCAAUGGCUUCAAAUAUUUCACCAAGAGGGAGGAGUGUGGCAGGCUGGGUUGUAAGUAUAACCAAGUCAACAGCCACUUCCACUGCAUCCGCGAGGGCUGCCAGUUCUCCUUCCUGCUCAAGCACCAGAUGACCUCGCACGCACGCAAACACAUGAGGCGGAUGCUGGGGAAGAACUUUGACAGAGUCCCAUCACAGGUGAUGCCACUCGGUCAGAGGGCCGACGGCAUGAUCGGGGGCCAUUCUGGUGUCAACUCCAGCUUCUCUUCCGGCAUCAUGGAUGAGACCGAUGAUUACAUGGACUACAUGGGAGGAGGGGGCAGCCCCUUGGGCCUCUCCUCAGAGUCCUCCAAUCAGGACCGGAGCUGCUCCAGCACACCUGUAGGCAACGAUGGUUCUCCAGCAGGACAAGGCUGGCUCGCCACCACUUCUGCUCCCACCACCCCUGCUGACACUAGCGCUACCCAAAAUGCACCUCCUUCUUCCCCUCCUCCUCCUCCACCACCACCGCCACCUUCUCUUCCUCCUCUUUCCUGCGCUCCUCAUCCUGGCCUACAGUCCCAGGUCCCAUCCCUCUCUCCCGCUCUCCUCCGACCUCCUCUCUCCUCACUCCCAUACCUCCUCUCUCCAUCCUGUCUGUCAUACUCUCUGCUCAGCGCCUCUCUGGGAGCCACUCGGAGUGUUGUCAUGCCAACCAACACACCAGCUUUCAGCCCCAUCAUUGCCACUCCGUCUCCGGUUAAAAAUGACGUCCCUAUAGUGCAGGAUGCUGCAGGCAACACCAUCUCCAUUCCCACGGCAACUGGUGCAAAGAAGCGCUUCUGGAUCAUCGAGGACAUGUCGCCGUACGGCAAGCGCCGCAAGACCGCGUCGUCGCGCAAGAUGCUGGACGAGGGGAUGAUGCUGGAGGGCUUCAGGCGCUAUGACCUCUACGAGAACUGCAAGGACCCCGGCUGCCAGUUUUCCCUGAAGGUGACCCACUACCACUGCACGCGUGAGAACUGCGGCUACAAGUUCUGCGGCCGCACCCACAUGUACAAGCACGCGCAGCACCACGACCGAGUGGACAACCUGGUCCUGGACGACUUCAAGCGCUUCAAAUCCUCCCUCAGCUGCAACUUCCCCGACUGCCAGUUUUCAGGCAACAGCACCCACUUCCACUGUCUGCGCUGCGGCUUCCGCUGCACCGACAGCACCAAGGUGACGGCCCACCGCAAGCACCACGGCAAGCAAGAUGUGAUCACCGCCGCCGGCUUCUGCCAGUUCAGCUCCAGCGUCGAUUGUGAGGUUCCCGACUGCAAAUAUAAGCUCAAGUGCUCGCACUUCCACUGCACCUUCCCCGAGUGUAAGCACACGGUGGUGGGCAUGUCCCAGAUGGACUCCCACAAGAGAAAGCACGAGAAGCAGGAGCGGGGCGAGCUGCCGUCUGUGUCGCCCAAACGGGAGGGCGUGCACCACCACCUGGGAGGAAGCGUGUCAACGGUCCCUCCGGCCUCUAUGGGUCUUUCUACUUCCUCACCCGGUGGCAUCCACGGGUUGUCCCGCAGCAUUAACAGCAGCGCUCCCUCCAUGCUCUACCCAACGGGCGGCCUCGGGUCCGAGUACAACCACCUGUACCAGCCGUCCUCCAUCAGCCUGGACGGCUCCCUCAACCUGGGCACCGACGCCAGCAGCUCCCUGUUCUUCCUGAAGAACGCAGCCGGUCUGGGUCUCAGCGACUCACUGGACCUCAGCAAGAAAAUGCACCACGACGCGGCGCGGUCAAGCCACAACCCGGCGCCCCCCCAGCUGGGUCUGCCGGCAGCUCAGGACGACACCACGGGGACGUCCGGAGAGGCCGAAGACGACCUGUCGCCAGAGGAGGAGGCGCACGCAGAGGAGGAGGAGGAAGAGGAGGACGAGGAGGAGGAGGCAGAGCUCAACAGUGACUCGAAUGAUGAUUCGAUGGCGGAGCCCGAUGGCGAGAAGAACAAUGGCGAGAGUUUUGAUGCUUCCGUUAACCACACUGAUACUUCCCGACUGGAAAAGCAAGACGUUGACCCGUGAAAGAUAAACUAGCAGUGACUGUAGGGACUGAAGAAAUACUCUGUGUACUAUGAACAAACAAAAAUGAAAGUGGCCUCAUUUAUCAUGUUUAGAGACUUCAGAUGACAACAAAAAAAACAGCGUGGAGAAAAAUGACGGCCCAAAAAUGAUUUAUUAUGAUGUUUACAAGAUGACCAACAUUAUUAAUUCAAUUAUGCAUUAAAAGAAAAUAUGAACGGAGACACACAGAAUUAGGCCCUGGUUUACACACGGGGCAGCAAUGUAAAGCAUUUUACUACACAUCAGUCUUUUUGUGUGCGUGCAUGUUUGACUUUAAUUUAUUUUAAUUUUUUUCACUUUUUUGUGUGUGGAUAAAACAAGAAAAACGUCAGAAAAACAAAAAAUCUCUCUAUAUAACUAUAUAUGUAAGUGUGUGUGUGUGUGUGAACGAUGAUAUACAAAAGGAAACUGCUGGCUGUGGAUACAUAGAAAAAGGGACGUGAAUCACUAAGGGGGAAACAGGACGCGUUCAAACAUUUGAUCUUUUUCUUUUCUGUAUAAUUAUUAUUAUUAUUAUUAUUAAUUAUUAUGAGACACUGAGAGAAAAGGGAGUUACAUUUUGCUUGUUCCCAGCUCUCUCAGAUGUUUUUCUUUGUUCUCAGUGACAUGUGGAAUUGACCAGUAAAUAUUUGGUCAGUCUCGGCGUCUGGCGAGCCGCCGCUUUUCAACAGUUCUCUGACAUUCUGCUAGAAAUGUUCGACUAGCACCAAAACCAAGCUCAGUCCUUGUAACUUUAACCCCCCUUUCUGCGGAGGAAUCAAGUUUGUGUGUGAAUAGUGCACUUUUAUAUUAGCUGACCACGAUGAUUACGAUGAUGAUAGAUGACUCAUGAGCAUAUUUAAAAAAUAUUUUUGUUACCAUUUGCAUCUUUGCAUUACAAUGUCGUUUUUUGUUGUGUUGUUAGUCAGAAGCAUAUCGAUCUGUAAGCAGGCGAGGUCGUGAUUAACGGCCUGGAGAGUCAGGAUGUGGAGGAUGAGAUGGGGGGGGGUGGGGUCAGACUGACCAGAAGAAAUGAUGAGUCACUCAGAUGCAGAGCGAAGGGGGACGACAGAGGAAGCGUCAGGGUGUUUUAUGUUGAAAAAUUUGCAGACCGAAAAUGUCUCAACGGCAUUUUGUUUCCACUCACUAUGGCUGUGGUUGAGCUCCUGUUGUUAACGGUUUUUAUUUAAUAUUUAUGUGACCUUCCAAUGAGAAAUUUCUAGGGUGUUAUUGCACUUUUUAGGUUCAUUUUUACCGUCUGAAAAAAAAAAAAAUGAUAUAUAUCUUUUAACAGGGAAUUUUUUUUGCUUUAAAGAUGUUGUUUUAGUUCACAUUUGCUUUAAUGCACAAAUAGAUGUUAGUGUGACAAAGAACUGUUGUUCUGUGAUUUAUUUAAAGACUGGUUUUUAUUUUGCUUCUGUGAUUCGACAGUUUGAAGAAAAAAGAAAAAAAAGGAAAUGGGAGCGCCAGAAAAAACGGUGCCCUGAUGAGAAACACUAAUACGGACUGUGAUUUUUAAAUGAAUUCUUAAGAAGUUCAUGGUAAUGCUCUCUUACUGUAGUACUAAAUUAUAAAUCUGUCAAAGCUCCCCUCUCUGGUUUAUACUGAGCAAAUAUGUUCGACCGAGAAGUGGACACACUGAUCAUGAAUUAUCUCCUGAGCUUGGCAUUGGAAAUCAUAAUAUAGGGAAUAAUAAUGUGUGUAGAUGAUAUUCCACCAGAUAUUGUUUUGAGAAGAAAAAAAAAAAAAAAAAGGUUGUACAGUAUUUUCCUCUGUAAAAAAAUAACUAUAUAUGAACAAAAUGCUCUUUGAUGAACAGCUUCCUUUAAAAAGAAAACCGUUAAGAGGAGAAAUGAAUAAUAAAAAGUUAAAAAUUCAAAUAGCCUCAUCAUAGUUUGCUUGUGUGCGUGACCUUUUUUAAUUACCCCCAGAUUUUUUGGGAAAAGUUGUUCAUACUGUAGCAUUGGCAGAUUCCGUUAUGAUGUUUGCAGUAUAUAUAUAUAUUUUUUCUUUUUCCAAACUAUGUCAGAAGCUCAAACUAAAAUACACUGAUUUGAAUUCA